AAGUGCAAUUAAAAGACUUAGAAGAAGAACAAACUUUUUUACAAUAGAAAAAUAUUUAGACAAAAGUUUAAAAGUUUCCAAUUUAGAAAGAAAGAAAAUAACUGAUGAUCAAGAUGAAAAUUCUUCAAGAACAUUACAUUGUAAAGAAAACAUUUUUUAUAAUUAUUCCACUCCAACUUCAAAUAAUAAACAGAAUACUAAAAAUGCACACAGGCAUACCCUACCCAAAAGAAAAAUUCAGAAAAAAAAAGUUUCUGAAGUAUCUGCUAGUCCAUGUUUCCCAGAUACAAUAUUUAAAAGAAGAGUGUCUAAACUAAUACCCAAAGAACAAAAAUCUUAUAAUUUAGAUAAAUCAACUAUAUAUUCACAAAAAGAAAUGAAAGUUUUUACAUCAAAAAAUGAAUCUAUUGAUUCUGCUGAUGUUUCAGAACUUUUUGUAGAAGAAACUGAAGAUCCGUAUAUAUUCAUAGCUAGUCAAAAUUCACCCAAAAAACAAAAGAAAAAAAACUUUAAAUCAAAAAUUUUAAUUUCAAAUGAUAAAAAUUCUGAUUUACAAAAAUCAGAUAUAAAAUCUUAUAAUAAAUUAAAUAAUAAAUCUAUUAACAGCAUUGAUUCAUGUAUCAUUGUAGAUGACAAUUGCAAAGUGCAAGAUAAAAUUUCAACUAAUAGUAAUGACAAAAAUCAUAAUGAAAAUAGUGAUUGUGAUUUAUUUUUGACACCAGCUUUGAAUAUUGAACAAUUAAAAAGUAAAAAAAAGGAUUUAUCCAUUAGCUUAUCCAAAAUGGAAACUAGAAGUGUCAAGAGAAGAAAGAAUAGCUUAAAAAGUCAAACAUCAUAUUCAGAAGAGAAUUAUAUAGAUUGGAUCGAAGAGAUUUCAAUGGCAGAAUCACAUGCUUUAGUUAUAAAAAAUGAAACAAAUUGUGAAAAUAAACGAGAUUGUCAAUUGAGUCCAAGUGUAAUAAAUGAAACGCAGAGAAUGAUUAUUCAAAGUAAAAAUGUAGUAAUUGGAAAUUUCAAUGAAGAAUUUGAUUUAAGCACAAAGGGGGCUAUUUCUGAUGUUUCUAAUUUUACACAAUUAGAAAGUAUUGAAACUGAUGAAAUAAAUAAAAAUCUUUCAACACAGAAAGCAAGUACACAUGUUGAAUUACAAAAAAUUCCUACUGUUCCAGGAAAUAAAACUUCUGAUAUUGAAACUAAUUAUGGAAAUGAAUCUAAUUCUCAGAAAAAUGAACUUUCUUCAAAAAUUGAAGUCAAUAAUAUAUUAAAAAAUGAAAACAAUUUUAAUGAUGAUAAAAUUAUUUUUUCUUCUGAAGUAUUUUUAAAUGAGAAAUUAUCUAAAUCUGAAACUGAAAAAUGUCUUAUAAAUGAUGAAUUUCAAACUGACAAAAGUAUUUGUAAAAACAACAAUGAAAAUGCCAAAGUUGAAGAAAAUACUAAUCACACUUUUUUUCUAAAGAAUAUUCAAGAAAAUGAAAUAAAUAAAAUUUCAAGUAAAACCACUACUUUAAUUUCUGAUAAAGUAAAUUUGGAAGAAAGUUUUCCUCCUCCUACAGUUCCAGAAACUUUACAACCAAUUGUUUCUUCAAAUAAAAAAUCAUUUAUUACUGAAGACAAAAAUAUUACAGUUGCUCAGAAACAAAUGGAUUCAGCAGUUAAUUUCUCCAGUUUUAAUUUAUCUAAUGAAUGUAAUAGAUCAAAAAAUUUUACUGAUAUAACUGUAACAACAACAAAUAAUAAUGAUGGUGGUGAUGAUUCAGAAGAUGAAAUUUUAUACACACCAAAGAUAAACUCUGAUAAACCAAAAAGAAAAACUUUUUGUCUUGAAAUUGAAACACAAGAUUUAAAAGAAUUAGUUGAGUAUCGAAAUACUCUUGACUUAUUAACUGAAGUAUGCUCAGAAUUUGCCAAUAGUAAUAAGAAAUCAGAUCAUUUACCUGAUGAAAUUAAAAGUACAAUAAAUGAGACACAAAAUAUUUGUAAAACUUUAGAUAGUGCAAACAAAACAGAUCUGGAAUUAAUUAGAAAAUCUGAAUUUAAAGAAGGCAAAAAUUAUUCAAAUUUCCCUCAAAAUGAAAUUAUGACUGAAUGUGAGAAAACAUGUGAACAGUUAAUAAAUUUUGAUAAAAAUAUUUCUGAAAAUACAGGUAAUUUAUUUCAGCUUCAUGAAGAACCUAGCACUCAAAGUAUUGGCAUGCACAAAACUCUUUCAAGUUCAACUCCCACAUUAUCAUUAGAAACUAGAAAAUCUGGCAUUUUUAAAGAGUUUUCUAAAGAUACACAAACUGUUAAUAUUACUAUUCCAUUAGAUAAUUUAAUGGAAAUUACAAAAACAGAAAAUAGAUUCAUUGAAACAAAUUGUCCAGGAUGUCAGUGCAAAAUUGAUAUAAAGAAGAAUGAGAAUAAUUUAAUAAUUACUUUCAUUAAAAAUAGUGGAGAAGUGCAAACAGAAAAUCACAGAUCUGUUGACAUUGAAAAUAAACAAGAUUGUCAGUUGAGUCCUAGCAUUAUAAAUGAAAUGCAGAAAACAACAAUUCAAAAUGAAAAUGCAGUAAUUGGAAAUUUCAAUGAAGAAUUUCAUUGGGAUAAAGAGAAAACUAUAUCUUGUGUUUCUAAUAAUGAGAAUAGAUUUACACAAUUAGAAAGUAUUAAAAUCGAUAAAUUAAAUAAAAAUUUGGAUUACAAGAUUUGCAAAAAUUCACCAAUAUCAUAUUCAGAGGAUCUUCUUGCUGAUCUAAAUAAAGAGAUCUCUCUAGAUACAACAAUUAAAAAUAAAAUAUAUUAUUCAGAGAUUAAUGAAGAAAAUGAAAUUGACAAAGAAUCAAUUCAUGGAUGUCUAAGUGAUAAUUCUAAAAUAUCUUCAGAAAGGAACAAAAUUAAUCUUGAUAAUGUAAACAAAAUUAGUUGUGAAAAUACAUCUUUGGAUAAAAAAUAUGAUGCCAAUGAUACUGAAAAGAUUCAUAAUAGUAGUGAUAAAUUUCAAACCAGUACAAUAACUACAGAUUCAGAUCUGCUUGCAAAUGUAAACAAAGAAAUUAUGAAAAAUGUAAAAAAUAAAAUAAAUCAUUCAGAAAUUUACGAGUUAUCUGAAGAAAAUAAACAAGAAGUUUAUAGAGAUCAUGAUGAUAUUAAAACAGUGACACAAACAAGAAAUAUUGAUUGUAUUGACAUAAAUGAAACUGAAUAUGAGAAUGAAAAGGUACUUGAAAAUGUAUCAUCAGAAGAAAAUUGUAAUAUAAAUGAAGUUGACACAGAAAUUAACAAUUUUCAAAUCAACACAUCUGCUUUGGAUACAGAUGAUCUUACCAAUUUACGAAAAAACUGUAAUGCAAAUAAAAUUAAUAGAAGAAAGACUUACAAUGAUAAAAAUAAUUUAAAAAUAACUUCACAAGUAAUUGAAAUCAGUGAUGAAACUUCAGAACAGUUAGAUACAGAACAGUUUUUAGUUUCUUCAAUUCCGAAUAAAUGCAACAAUUUACAAAAUGAUAAAAAUAAUUUAUUAGAAAAAAUUAACAGAAUAAGUCAAGAAGAUACUCCAGAGGAAAUUAAUCAAAUAUUAGGUCAAAAUGAUACUUUGAUUACAUCUUCAAAUAGAAACUUAGAAAGAUUUUUGAAUGAAAUGUCUUGCCCUUCAAGUGACCCAGAUAUGAUAUUUGCUGAAAGUCUUGUAGCACCACUUAAAAAUCUACAACAUCCAAAACAAAAUCAAACAACUAAAAUAAAUUCGAUUAAAGGUAUUCAUCCAUUGAAUGUCAAGCUUACUGUUAGUCAAGAUAAAAAUGAAUUUAUUCAGAAUGCAAAUAAAAAUAAGUUAGAUGAAACCAUAAAUCAAGAUGAUCUCUAUAAUUCAAAAACAUUUAAUGAUGCAAAAAAGACAAAAAAUAAAAUUAAUGACAGUCCUAAGAAAGAAUCAUUUUCUUUGAAAGUAAAUAGUCAUUUGUCAAAUAGUUUAACAUCACGAAAGAACUUUAAUGUAUCAAAUGAUAUGGGAGCACAGAUCACCCCUGAAAAGUUUAAAUGUCAAAAAAAUUUUCAACGCAUAAAAACUUAUAUAUCAGAUUCCAAUAGUGAAUCUGACAGUGAUAUGUCUCAAGAAAUAAUAGAAGAUAGUAAACCAAAAGAUACAAAUAUACAAAAUAUAAUCCCAGAGAAUAAAAACUUGAUAUGUCAGACCAAUUCAUUGCUAAAAAAUAAUGCUAGUCAAGUUUCUCUUACAAUAAAUUCUGAAAAUACAGCAUCAAGAGAAUAUUCAAACCAAUCAAAUAUUCGAGAGAAAAUACGUCUAGAUAUACAACAGAUGAAGGAACAGAUACGUCAAAUGGAAAUUCAACUGCAAACGUCAGUUUGUGAAGGUGAAAAUAAAUCAUUAAAUGCACAAACUGAGGAAGAAACUGUAGUAACUAGUGACAGUGAAGAAGGAAGUGAUGAUCUUUUUUCACCAAUCCCUCCAACUCCUCCUUAAAUAUUUGUGCAUUUAGUAAAUAUUAUUCUUUAAAAUAUUUAUAAGCAUGUAUAAUUUCUACUGUACAUUAUAUAUUUUAAUUUGUUAUUAAUAAUAAUUUUGAUUUUUUUAAAAUCAUUAAAU